CUCGUCUUCCCUCCACCCUUUCUGCAGCAGACCGACGAUCUCGCCAUUCCUGAACGCAUUUAUUAUUUGAUCGGAUCAAGCCUUCAUGUUGCCCCCAGCUUCUGAUUCGGCCACCCCAGCGUCUGCUGUCCCUGCCCUGAACUCGCUUCCUGAAGUCCCCACCCUUGCUUCGGUGCUCGAUUCCAAUGACCCGGCUGUUCAGGCAUUCCUCAUCCAGGCUGCCUUGACCCACCAGCAGGCGACUGAAGCUGCAGCUGCUGCAGCUGCAGCCAACCAGAAUAGCACCACUACUUCAGAGCCCACAGCAGGAGUGUCAACACCAGUGUCAACAGCUACAACAGCGAUAUCAACAAUAGCAACAACAGGUGCUGUAUCGGCUACGGCUGCUGUAGCUGCUGUCGUGGCCCAGCUUGCAAAUACAGUGCCACCUGAAGUCCUGCAGCGGCUCCUUCCUUCGACCAUAACGUCUUCACCUCUCAGUUCGCUCGGAGCUCACACCGCAGUCUCUGCUGCAACCUCGACUUCGGCAACUGCUUCCCUCUCAGCACUGACUUCUGUGGCCCCAAUCCCUAAUGCAGAACCUAUCCCAGUAAUUGCGACCAGCCCGGCUUCAACAACGCUCUCGUCGUCUACUCUAUCCACAAUCAGCACAGUAACCCCUACACCGGUACCGGCUGCAACGACGUCGACGGUAUCCAAGCCCAAAGCUUUGGCCACUACUUCUUCCUCCUCGUCGACAUCGUCUUUAUCAUCCUCGACAAAGCGGUUUAACCCGGAUGAUAUAUUUUGUCUGGGCUGCUGUCGCAACCUGCCAAUCGAUAACUACACUUGCCCCAAUACCAACCGAGUCUUCAAGUCCUGCAAUGCCUGUCGUCAAAAGUCCAGGAUCAACUCCAAGAAGGUGACAAAGCCGGCGACAGUCCCAACAAAGCCGACUAUCUCGAUGGAAGAAUUUGGCGCCAGGCUGAGGGAACUGGAGGAUACGCAGGAGGAGUCCCAUUUGGAUGUGAUGGUACGACUGGAGGGAUCUGUCGAGAUGGAUCCAGAAACGUUGAAGACACGUGGUUCCCAGAUCGCCGCUCAGGUGUAUGAAUCCACGGGCUACUGGUUCUCUCACUCAAGGACAAACGACGAGACGCAAUCAAAAACACGACUCAAGAUAUACGGAUGUUCGCAGCGAGAGGAUCGACGAGCACCACCUGCACCGAAGACGCAGAGCAGGAAGCGAAACCGUCCAUCGACCAAGUCCUACUUCCCAUGCAAGGGCAAUUUGACUAUGACGUUCUACCACAACAUGAAUCAUGUCCGAGUCGUCUAUGGUCACAGGAAGCACGCCAAGUAUGACAACCGCAAGUGCCCCGACCAUGUACGGGCUUAUGUAAAGGGUAACCUGAACAUGCCGCCUCGCCAGCUCUACGACGCUUUAAAAGAGAAGAAUCCAGGAUUGGGUAUCACGCAAGCGCAAGUACGAUACUGGAGUCACUAUUACAAGAAGAACAUGGACCAGGACGAGAUUUCGGACGGGACCAAAGCUGAAGAUAGCGGCACGAUCACAACUGUAGAUCAACUCGCACAGUCUGCAGCCUCCGUCAGCAGCAACACUAGCAAUGAUAGUAGUGAUGGAUUAAUCGACACGAAGAACCAUAUUUCCAGCCUCGAGGGAUCACCAUCUCAGCAGCUUCAUGUACACACGGAUGAGGAGCGAGUCCAGCUACUCAUAGCCUCCAAUGCUGCUGCACUCCAGUCUCUUGCGGCACAGACACAUCAGGUCGAAGCCAGCCUGCUGGGAGAUACGAUUGCAAUUUCAGUACCCAUGUCCGAGCCAUUGACGCCGAGCAUUGUGCAGAGGGUCUUGGACCAAAGCGGCAAGGACUUGUUGCAGCUUGAGGAGAGUCUUCAAACUGUUUCGAACGUGCAGUCUUCGACCGACCAAGGCAGCAACGACGCCGUUGUACAGCAAGUCCAAGCAUUCAUGAAGGAAAAUGACCAUCAGCAGGAGCUUUUGGAACAACAGCAGCGUCAACAGCAGCAGCAGCAGGAACUGCAGUUGUGUCCGAAGCAGGAAGAGUUGCCGCUGAAGCAAGAAUCAUAGAUAAUUUAUCGUCCAUGUCCUCAAUUCUGAGUUGUAGGGCUAUAAAAUAAAAAGCAUUUCGUUAUCACGAC